AAAUACAGACGCUUUAAAAUGAUAAUUGUGCUUUUCAACGGAUAUUUGUGUAACGUUACAUAUAACCAUACACUGGUGUAGUUGUAUGUAGGUAGCGUAUGUGUGAAUAGCUGAAGUGCAUACUUAUAUAUGUAUGCCUAUUUGCUUGUAAAUGCGCUUAUAUGUGUGCAACUGUGCGUUGGUAUUUGUGUAUAAAAGUGUAUGACAUAAAAGGUGAAAUUUGCAAGACGCCAGUGGAGAAUUUUGUUUUUCGGUAUGAAUUAAAAAGCAUUUUUUAGUAAGCUUAAAAUGUGAUAACAGCUUGAAAAGUGUCAGCAACACAAACAAAUUAACAAAAUGCAAACAAAAUAUAAAUAAAGAUGAUAAACAUGCAAACAAGGCAAACAGGAUCAACAAAUAAGUGGAUGUGUAGCGAAAAACAAAAACCAAGUAAAAUAAAAGUUAAUUAAAUCAGUGUGCAACUUAAAGGCAAAGGCCAGCCGCGGGCAAGUCACAGCACCUACGCACCCGUAGACGCCAACAUACUUAUAAACAUAUGUACCUAAGUACUUUCAUGUCAACAGCAACAGCUGAAGAGGGGGCGGAAGAACAAUCUUAUCUUAAAAAGGUGUCUAAACAGAACAUAAUCUUAAUUAAAAACAGGCUAAGGCAAUGCUUUGUAAAAUCGACUGCAAAAAGGCAACCCUAAGCGGCAGCAGCAGCACGCAUACUUUCAGAAACAAUAGCAGUGUGUCCUUCGUUGAAAGGUCGUACGAUUCCAAGGAAAUAAACUGAAAACCAAUUUACAAAGAGCUUGGCGCCCAGAUUUGUUGGUGAAAAAGUCACGCAGUUCGAACAAAACUUAAACCUUGACAAGUGUCCGCUACAGUUCAUUGGUUAAUUGCUGACCGAAUUUGCUUGGUUAAAUUACAUUCGUAUUGAAUAUCAAACCAACCCAGUCAACUCUGUGCUGCACAACCUUCCAUGCCACUGUUGCAGCCAGAAACAAAAACAGCAAACAACAGGCGACAACAGACGACAAGCGACACGCAACAGACAAGACCACAGCAGCAAAACAGUGAGCCACAUGGUGCCAAUAUUACCAGUGGACACCAACAGUGAGGAGCAUAAAUCAUAAGUGAAAAUUAGCAAAAGCUACCACAACAACAAUAGAAAAAUUUUGAAAGCAGAAGAGCGCAACUAGCCUUUCUAUAAAUUAACAAAACAAAAAGGAGCUGGCAAAUAAAGUCAAAGUGAAAAUUAAAAUUAAAAUGAAAAUGCGGGAAUAAAAUAAAUAAUGUGAAGAAAGAGAAGUAAAAAUAUAGAUGAAAUAUAAUAAAAUAUUUUAAAAAGAUAGUAAAUUAGAAAUACAAAAUACUAUAAAAGCCAACAACAACAGCGAGCGCAGAACUAUCCAAUCGAAGCAGUUUUUUACGCGAGCUGGUUUGAAUGCUGGCUAAGACUUUGUCAUAUUCCUUGGUAAACAAUAACAAAAAGGUUUGCCGUAAUUUAUCAUUUCAUUGUUUCAUAGUAGACUCAAUACAAUAACAACUAUGAAAGUGCCACUUUGUUACAAUGCAAAAAGCAGUGCUGAAGCAGCUAAGAACUAACAAAUUUUAAAGGUGUAAAAGGUAUUGGAAUUGCUAUAAAAGUGAGGCAGCAAAAAUAUAGCAACUAUUUUUUAAAGGAAAACGAAAAAAAUUUACAAUUUAGGGUUCGGAAAAAAUUAGAAAUUUGAUUUUUUUAAAUCAAAUAUUAGAAAUCAAUUUGAACGUUUUUUGUUUCUUAAAGGAACUCGGUGUAGAAACAACAACUGCUACAACAAUAAUUAACCAAAUAAGCAAAAUUUUAAAACUAACUUCGUGUGCCGAGGCAAAAAUUGCUCUAGCAUAAAUUACAAAAACAACAUAACAAAUCAUAACAAUAUGGAUAAAAAGAAUAAAGCGAAAUCAAAAACCAAACCGAAACGUUUGAAAUCAAACAAAGAGUCGAGCACAGCAUUGGAUGUGGACCUAUGGGAGCAAAAUGAGGAUCGCUUCACCACCGUCGAACUGCCCGCCGGCGUCAAAAUGCCGAACAAUAGCAGUGCCACGACAACAGCUGCUACAAGUACCACACCCGCUAGCGCUAGCAGCAGCAGCAGCAAACCUGGCAAAUCGAUCAGCAUCAGUAUUGGCGGCGAUGGUGGUGGAGGGGAUGGUCCAGGUGGGCCUACUCCGUGUGAACCCAUUGAUGUGAUCACCUAUCCACCGAACACACCCACCACACCCGCAGCCAAAGUAGCCAUUGGCGGUGGCGAUUCUGGCGCUGCGCUCAUUGCACUUGACACAGGCGAGUCAAACGAACCGGAGCGUGGCAAUUGGACUGGACGCUUCGAUUUCUUACUCUCACUACUCGGUUAUUCGGUGGGACUGGGAAAUGUGUGGCGCUUUCCCUAUCUGUGCUAUAACAAUGGCGGUGGCGCUUUUCUCAUACCCUUCACAAUAAUGUUAAUUAUCGCCGGUCUGCCGCUCAUGUUCAUGGAGCUAUCGUUCGGCCAGUAUGCCGCCUUGGGCCCAGUAGCAAUUUAUCGCCGCUUCUGCCCGCUGUUUCGUGGUCUCGGCGCUGGCAUGGUUAUCGUUUCGGCAAUUGUAAUGCUCUACUAUAAUUUGAUUAUUGCCUGGACAAUAUUCUAUAUGUGCGCCUCAUUUCGUCGUCAGUUGCCGUGGCAGAAUUGUGAGCCUGCUUGGAGCACUAAAAACUGCUUUUCCUACGAGAUGGCCGAUCAAUGUGAUGCCGUCAAUGGCACCUUCUACUUGAGAAAAUGUUACAAUAUUAGCUAUGCUGAGGAGCAUAACAUCACCGAGUUGGCGUUGCAUGCGUUGAAGCGUCCACCGGCUGAGGAGUAUUUCACCAAUCACGUACUCGGCUUAUCUUCGGGCAUUGAAGAAACUGGCGGCAUAAAAGUCGAACUCGCUGCUUGUCUUUUCGUUGCAUGGGCUAUAGUUUUUCUAUGCCUCUGCAAAGGCGUGCAAUCUUCGGGCAAAGUAGUCUACUUUACGGCGCUUUUUCCAUAUGUAGUAUUAGUUAUACUAUUCUUCAGAGGUGUAACUCUACCAGGCGCUAAAACGGGUAUAUUAUUUUACUUAACGCCCGAUUUCAAGCAGUUAGCUAAUGCACAGGUUUGGGGUGAUGCUGCCGUACAAAUAUUCUUUGCGCUCAGCCCCGCUUGGGGUGGUUUGAUCACCUUGUCUUCCUACAACAAAUUCUCUAACAACUGUUACAAAGACUCUUUGAUUGUGGCCAUUUGCAAUAUAGCCACCUCCUUUUUUGCCGGUUUGGUCAUCUUCUCGAUCAUCGGUUUUCUAGCACACGAAUUAGAGGUGGAAGUAAAGAAGGUGGUCGAUCAAGGGGCUGGCCUGGCGUUCAUUGUUUAUCCGGAGGUGGUGACACGUCUCCCAGUCUCGCCCGUGUGGUCGGUGCUAUUUUUCGUCAUGUUGCUUACGCUGGGACUGGACUCACAGUUCGCGCUCAUGGAAACAGUUACAACUGCCAUAUUGGAUAAAUUCCCUAAUUUACGACAAUACAAAACAUGGGUUGUGCUUUUUGUUGGAAUUUUCGGUUAUAUUGGUGGUCUCGGUUUUACCACGAAUAGCGGCAUGUAUUGGCUGCAGCUAAUGGAUAAGUAUGCUGCCAAUUGGUCCGUGCUGCUUAUCGCCAUAUCUGAGUGUGUUCUAAUUGCUUGGAUAUACGGCUCUCAGCGUUUCUUAAACGAUAUACAGGGUAUGAUUGGUAAAAGAUCAAGAUUCUGGAAUAUUUUUUGGUCUACAAUGUGGCGUUAUAUAACGCCAGCAACACUGUUGUUCAUCCUCUUCUUCAACUGGGUCGAAUAUAAACCCGCCUCAUAUGGCCACUACGUCUACCCGUUGUGGGCCGAUGCGGUUGGUUGGUUCAUCGGUCUACUACCGGUACUCUUCAUUUUCCUAAUUGCCUUCCAACAAAUUUGCAAAGCACCUAAGCAACUCACAGUCAAGGAGCGUCUAAAACUUUUACUUCGUCCCACAGCCGAGUGGGGACCGGCUGGUAGACCAUGCGUCAAUUUGCAUGCCGAACGCUACGACAGCCAAAACUACGACGUCGUCGCCAAUACGCAAGUACUAAUUAAUGGCCUACCCGCCGAUGUGUCACCCUAUGAGGACAACAGCAAUGGAUAUCGUGAUGAGGCGAUGCAACUCUGAGAGCGAGUGAGCGCAUCGUCGACAGCGACAGCAGCAACAAAGACAUCCACUGCUAUUGUGCGCAUGAGUGAUCACGUCGACGAUGGCAUAGGACUGCGAAUGAGCGGUAAUGGGUCAGGAAGUGGAGGAGGAGGUGGCGAUAGAAAAGGUAGCGGUGCAGCUGUAACGAUCAGAAACGGAAGUCAUUCUGACUAUGGCACCUCAGUGGCCAUCAAAACACCCGGCUCGGCUGGUACUACAAAGUUGCCCGGUCCCAGCAUACUGAAGACGUCAAAGAGUAAUCAGGCAGCCAGCAAUGGCCGUGCCAAAGGCCAGUCGCAGCCCGAGUCGAGUCCCAGCCGCCAACCGUUAAUAGAAGCGGAGCUCCGUGCCAACGAUAGUGUCGGCUCGUUCCUCAAUGAGGCAGCCGCAUUGGCACAGCGCAAAGUGCAAACGACGAAUGGCUAUGAUAAAAUUACAAAAGUGACUGCCAGCAUUGUAUUGCCCACGAAAUCGGCAUUACCGACCACUACAGUGGCAUCGACAGGCGCUAGUGCCGCCACCACAGCAGCAACAACACAAGUGUUGGUCGCUGGCACAAUGAGCAGUGGCCGCGAACGAAUGCUCACCACGUUUGGUGAACGUGGCGUAGUACCAGGUGCAGAAGCAGUUACAACAACAGCGGCCAAAACGACGGCAGCAGCAACAACAACUUUUUCCGUAAGCGCAGCGACAACAAAAGCGGCGACACCAACUGCGAUGAACUCUAAGUUGCCAGAUGGAACUAUAACAGACACAGCAGCAGCAAUAAGAAAAACUAAGCAGCCCACGGCGAUUGUAACAGCAAAGCCGGCAGCAGCAGAAGCCGCGAAGGGGCUUACAACUACUAAGCCCGGUAUAAGUGCAACAACCACUUUAUCGGCGGUUGCUGCACGGCCGGCGUCAAUUGUAACUACUGCCGUAACAGCAACAAUUACCAAGCCAAAGCUGGCGGCAACAGCAACGGCAGCAGCAACUACAGUUGCUGUAUCAGUAAAAAUGCCAAUUGUUGCAGCGACAAAAACUACAACAGCAACAACUACGGCAACAGUAGUACAGCCAGCGGCAAAAACAACUGCGACACAAAAAGUAACAACAACUACAGCGAUUACUUCACCGACAGGACAAAUGUCUAUCGCAAAACCGAGCAUCACAGCCGCAAAACCGAGCAUCACAGCUACAACAAUGGCGGCUGGAGCAACAGCAAUAACAAAUACUAAUCCUGCAACAACAGUCACAAAAACACUUCCAGAAAGCAAAUCGUCAGCCACAACAACUGCUGCGAAGCCACCAACAAUAGCUGCAACAACAAUAACAAGUAAAUUAGUACCAGCUAUCUCUGCUGCUCCUACUGCCGCACAAACGAGUACACCACCCGCAACAACUACAACAAUAACUGCCAAAGUGGCCGCCACUGUUGCCAAAACUACAACAACAACACCAUUAUCAAUGGUCAAUAUAAAUUUAAUGUCAACAACAACAACUGUAGCACCAAAGCAAUCUGCACCAGCCACAACUACAAUAACAACAACAGCACCUAAGCCAACAACUACGAAAUCGAGUGUUGCUAGCACUUCGCCAGCGCCUGUAACUGUUGCCCCCACCCUCGCCGCACAGCCUACGAAAGUUGCCGCCACGAAAGUGGUCAGCACAACUGCAAAUCCCAUCACCACGGCCAUGCAGAAGCCAACAGUGUUAACAGCAACAUUAACGGCAGACGCCAAGUUGCCAGUGAUGGAGGCAGCAACGACAAAGGCGGCAACAUCGGCAGCAAUAACGUCGACAACAACAGCUGGCGCAGCAAAGACAGCAGUAGCAACAGCGCCAACAGCUGCUGCAGCCAAAACAGUAAAACCAGCAAUAGCAGUAGCAUCAGCAACAACAACAACACAACCGGUAACGGGAACCACAACAACAGCUGCAAAGCCGACAGCAGCAGCAACAGCACCUACUAUAGCCAAGUCAAUAAUAGCAACAACUGUUGCCGCAACUACAACAACAAAACCAACAAGCGCAGUGACUACAACAGCAACAAGUGUAAUCACCACUACUACUACGAGUACCACUAAGACGAAUAAUUCCGGCAAAAAAUAAUUGUAUGCAAAAUAAUUACUUCCCUUCCACCCGCUCAGUCCACAAGUGUACGAGUAUAUAAAAAUAAGCUAAUGGCCACUCUCUGUUUAAUACCUAAAACAGCGGAUUAACGAAGUAAGUACUUAAGCGCCUACUAGAUUAACUAUUUUAGAUUACUCACAAAUAUUUCCAAGUGCUAAGUUGCAACAAAAACGAAAAUUCGAAAAAAAAAACUAUAAACUACUACAAUUCAGUCAUAAAUAAUCUGAAGUGUACCCAUAAUUUUAUCAUAAAUAUAAAAAAUUUAAUUUCUAAGGCAUAAUUUAAGGCGUUCAAAGCGUACAGUUCAACCUAACCUAACUACUUACAAGCAUACAUACUCGUAUAUACAAGCGAAGAAAACCAAACAAGUUAUGGGCUAAGUACUAGAAACAACAAUUACUCUUGCAUAUGUGCUUGUACAUAUACAUAUACAUACAUACAUACUUGUAUUCAUAAGUGAAACUUGCGAAAAUAAUUUCAGCUGCCAUAAGAAAAUGGAAAGGUUUACCGUAAAAGCUGGAAUUAGUGAAUAAGAAUAAACUUUAGCAAAUCUUCGACUCAAGUCUUCACUAAAUUUAAGUCUUAAUGGGGCAAAUAAAUUGAAAGAGCUGCAUGUGGAAGCUAGGUUAGUUUAGCUUGAUAAUGUGAAUCAAAUGGGCUCGUUAGCAUAUCGAAUCAAUCCUCCUCAUUCCUUUCCUUCACGCAACAAUUCGUGCUUUUCAAGGCACUCAAAAGUUUAUUGAUACAAAAAAUAAGAAUCUACCUGCAGAUAACCUCCAUCACAGAUUUUUCGAAGAAAGUCAAAGAAAGCUGCUUGCCUCAAUCACAGAUUGCGCAAGCCUAACUCGUAUCUCCGAGUUUGCGAAGCCUGUCUUAGUUGAGUAUAGGUGUGAGAAUUGUGUAAUUGUGAGAAGCCGACUAUAGGGUUGGAUUCCCGCCGCCGAAACCUCUUGAAAAUAAGAAAAGGCUUACAGCCUCAUUCUGUCUAAUUGUAGACAGACGUGGCAUGUUAUUUUACGGUGUUACUCGAUAAAAAAAAAAAACUUUUGACAGUUGCCGAUCAGUUGUUUUUUCCUUAUAGGUUCUUUUCUGUUUAACCCGGCCUGAAUUCGGUAAUCGACCUCUAUCUGUUUGACAGCUCAAACUCUCUCUUUGUGGAUGGUUUUGCUUUCUUUUUUUGGAUCUAAAAUAUUUAGAUGGAUCACAUGGAUUCUUUCCUUGAAUGGAACUCGCGAUUCAACCUGAAAAGAAUGGCAAAAUAAAAACAAAGUUGUCUAAGAUAAAACUCGCUAAAAGUUAGAAUCAUCUACUGAUGUUUCGUAAAUUCAAUAAGCAGAAAUUAUUUAUAUUCAUUUUAAUGCUAGUUGGCGAACGUUUAAUGUUAUUGGAAGAUCACAAGCUCCUAAUACUGGCAAGCUCCGUAAUGCAUCCCCGACUUACGAAACUUGAUACACGCUUUGUUGAGUCAAAAGCUGUUAAUGUUGUCUGGCAAUAAAAAUAGUUGCUGUCGACCGAAAAUUAUUCGCUGAGCAUAAUCGUCGCAAGAACCCGCUUAACAUAUAGAUUCGCUAAGCAAGCGCUGGCAUCGACUCCGUAGUCCAUUUUUGAGCCCUGGAUACAUCCACUGAUGAUUCGAAGCAUUUGGAAAUAUACCAUAUGUCAUUUCAUUCCUUUGUUGUGUGAAGCGUGAUGCGUAAUUUUUUUUCAGGUUACACUGUAUUUUAGGAAGUGCAUAGUACUUUUUCGCUUCUUAUGACUCAGGGCGUUGUGCAGCCUUAUUUAUUUUAUUAGCAAAUCUGACGAGGGCAGACAGAUCACAUGAAAUGCUUCCGUCGACGCAGACCGCAUUUUUCCCCCAGCUUUUUCGUUAAUAGUUCUUUGAUGCUUUUAUGUACUGAAGUGCAUAUGAAUGAACUCAUAUAUCCUAAUUUUAUGGAACAGCUCCCGACAGCUGCGUUGCAAUAUCUCCACAUAUCUGUUAGUAGGCGCAUACAGGUUGCAAAAAAUAUGGAAGACUGUUGAGAAUCAACAGAGUCGGAGUUUUGAACCUUAAAAUUCUUCAAUAUUCAGAUGGUGUAGGUGUAUCUAUAAGUACAUAAUAAAGUACAACUUUGUAUAGAAAGACAGCUACACUGCUUUAUAUGUUUUGCAAAUCACAAAUUGAGCUAAGAAACGUAUGCGUGGCUGCCUAGCAGUGGGAUGCAGCAAAAAAUUAUUUCGAAAAAGUCCUUCGAUAUUUGUGCUUUUGUAUAGGGAACAUAAAAAAUCCACACAGUAAUUAAUAUUUUAUUUAUUUUUUAUUAAAUCGCUGGUUAGCAAAAAUCUAACUGAAAGUUACUUGGUUAUGCUCAAACAUUAGCUGUAGUUAGUAGAUAUGAAAAGUAGGGUAAUUUUUUGAAAGUUGUUGUUGUAUGUCUUAAAAUGAUAUGUAGUACUUAUAUAUUGAUAGAAGUAGGUGUUUGUGUGUGAUGUCAUUAUGUGUAAAAUAUGUUUUAACUAAAAGGAGUAUGUAUCUCUUAAUAUGUACGCACUGAUAAUUGAUAAAAAUGAAACGGUGUCAAAAAAGUCUUUGAAGCCUAUAAAAAGAGAGUGUGCGAGAUUAUAAGGCAUAUCCCAGCUGGAAAUUGUUUUUAUAUGAGUAAUGUCGCUAACGUUUUCGUCUUCCUAAUUGGCGUGAUAAGGCUUACUCUAACGUCAUCUAUGUAUUUAUUGAGACCAAGCAGCACUGUAAUUGGAUAUAUCCAAUAGCCCAUCCACCCUUAACAGCUGCAGAUGGCGAUACAGAUUGUGUUAGUUUAUCCAGUCAAUUUCCAUAUAAUAUAAUUAUUUAAGCAAUUUUUUCUUCAAUUUGCAUUGCAAGCUAUUGAAAAUAGAGCAAGUGACAGUGAAUCACCGAAGGCGCCUCGAAAAAAUCGUAUUUGCGGCGUAUGACAUAGUUCUCAAAAAAUCAGCUGAUGCAAAAAAAUCAAACUGCACUUGUUAAAAGAGAUGCUUAUCGAAAUACCUCUGGGAUUUUUUUUCGAUUUCUUUAUUUUUCGUAGUAUUUGGAAGCCAAAAAACCGAUUUGCUUAAAAAAAAAAGAUUAAUAAUUUAAAUUACUUAGAAUUAAAAAUUAAAACUUAGAUUUAUGCGAAUAUUCUGGCGCAAUGUUAUAAGUAAUGCAGGCCUUUGGGAUAACACCAAGUACCAGUUCACAUAGAAAUCCAGUGUCGUACGUCGUGUGGGCAUACGUUGCGCAAACCCCAAGAUGAUAUCACAAGAACUGCACCAGACUGGAACCCCUAAGGGAGUCGCAGGCGCGGAAGACCAGCCAACAUGUGGAGACGACAAGUUGAAGCUGAAACAGGCAUACCUGCUGAAAUUGUGAAAAAUUAGUCUGUAAAAUUUCAAAGCGAGUAGUUUUGGUCCACUAGAUUUUUAGUUAUGGCGUAGUUGGAGUUUAAAAAUAAUCAGCUUUACAAAAAAGUUUAAAAUCGAGCAGAAAACCAUAGAAACUCGGUCUGAGCCAACGGACGUUUAUGUACGCGUAACUUCGUCAAUUUUGCUCCGAUCCACUUGGAUUUCCAACACAAUAUUCUUUAGUCAUUAUGCAUUCAUUUAAAAGAAACACAUAAAAAUAAAAUUAAAUAAUUAAGUUCAAAUUCCGUUAGGGGACAGAUACCUGUAAAGGGCCAUAUUUUCCUUGAUUUUCAUUAAAAUUAUUUAGAAUGAUGAAGUCAAUAUAUUUUUUCAAAAUUUGUAUACAGUUUUUUUAUACUUAAUGUAGGUAAAUUUUUUUUUUUUUUAAUCAUUUAUAAUGGCGGAUGUACACUCAGCGGGGCUUCUCAAUCGGCGGGCAUCGGCGUCAGUGACGUGAAUACAAAAAAUCAAACAUUUUUUGUUUAUUUAUGCGAUAAUUUCUAUUUGAAUUAAAAAAAUGGAAAAAAAAUUGAAAAAUGGAAAAAAUGAAUUUUGGGGCGAAUUUUCCUAUUAUUUUUUCGAAAACUUGUAGUAUCAUAAAAAAGAUGUGUACAAAAUUUCAGGGAGAUCGGUCAAUAACUUUUCGAGUUAUCGUGUACGCCAAUUCGAAAAAUAUAGUUUUGAGAAAAACGCGUCUAAAGUUUGAAUACAUGAAAAUUCAACCUCUCCCAGCACUCGAUCUAUAAUAUAAGAAAUACUUUAAUUUACGUUCUAAAAAAUUUUCGACAUAUUCUUAUAGGAUUAUAUUAACAUUUUAUGAAAAAAACAUUUUUUGUUUUUCGAAAUUUUACAGGUAUCUGUCCCUUUAACUUUUCACUUUUAUUAUUUCGCUCAAAUAUAAACCACGUAAGCCAAUUUGAAUGUAUUGCUCUUAAAGGGCAUUUUUGGCCCAUUCUGGGUAUGAAAGAAAACAGUUUCCAGCUGGGUUGAGUUGUGUGUAUUUUCCCUUUUACAGAGGCGUAGUGUUGUUGUUCAUGAUUGUUGUGAAAAUCCGUUCAAGAUUAAUUUGUAUUGUAUCGAAAUGUAUAUUGAAUUCGAGUAGUAGUCCUGAAAUAGUGCAAAUUAGUGAGCGGAAUUAGGAAACGUAUAGUACAAGGAGGAAGGAGGAGAGGCUUGCGUGUUGAUGCUUGAAGAUGUGAACGAGCAUAGGCAAAUUAAUAAUGGAUAGAUUAAACAGUGAUAGAUUAUUUACAUGCAAUUAUGAUUGUUAACUACAUACACAUACAUACAUACAUGCAUAGAUAUUUUUUAAACUUAUUUCGUAUGAAAAGAAAGUCAAUGAUUUCCUAGAUAGUAAAACUAUUUUUGCAGAUGUUCGCUUGAAUAGCUGCUGUAUUUUAAAUAAACGAUAUAAUGCUGAAAAUCGUUUCACUGAGGUCCAGGUUUUUCAGCGCUAGUUUAGCAGUGGUGAGUUUUUAAAAUUAAAUUAAUCUUAGUUUAGCUGGAAGGCGUGGUGAAAAAAAUGCAGAAGGUGAAAAAAAUUGUGACCAACAUCAGAACGUUACCCGACUCUCAAUGAAUUUGAAAGAAUCAGCUGAAAGUCUGUCGCAACCUGGCUCAUGACAGGGGCUUGUUUACCAAAAAACUGAGAUUGUGUUGGUGAUAUACGAAAAAAGUUCGCUCACGUCGCUGCCUGAACAACGUCAAAUUAGCGAGUGCCUGAAUGCGUGUGCAAUGAGUGAGCAUAAUUCUGGUGCCGAGUAACCGUUGACGUGUCAGCCGACGUUACUAGCUCAAUUACGUUUUUCACCAUAGCUAAAGGCCUAACCUGGUAAUCUAUCAUCCUUGGCUGAAAAGCAAAGGCAAAUAUGCACUAAAAAACUGCACCUAAUUGUCAAUCCCUAAAAAUUGCGCCCAGACAUAUCUAAAAUAUGUUAAGCCUGCAAUAUAAAAUAAAAUUUCUUCCGUUAGAAAGAGAAUUUGCUAAUUUCAUGGUGCAUCUUUUAGGUGCAGGUCAUAUUGCAUUUAGUAACUUCUUAAACUAAUUUCUGAACUUUAAUAGUGGAAUUUUAAAAUGUAUUUCCUAAAUUUUAUUUCUCAAAUGAUGCUAAAAAUAAAAACUGAGCCUAAAUAUAAGCAACGGCUAUGGUUGUUUACAGCAGCAGCUGGUAGAGGCUCUACCUUAACUGAACUACCCGGAAUUAAAUCCAGUCAAGGCAGUCACUUCAGCAUCGUGCCCCAAAAAUGUAUAGGAAUUUUUGUACGCUGUUGCAGAGGCUAAACCAAUUUUAUAAUAAGCACUCAAAGAAAGAAAUUUCAGUUUUGAAUCACUUCGAAUGGGUUUGAAAGCUAAAAUAUAACGGGAGAAAACUAGUAGUACUACGCGACUCUGCAGACUAAAUUGUUAUAUAGUAGCAUAAUAAUAAUAGCAUAAUUUUUCAAAGUAAAUAAAAAGUGGGACAACCUUAAUUUUUUGUUUACAUUUUUUUCUGAAAUUUUACAGGUAUUUUCCCCUUAAGUUAUUGUUUUCUUUGCUGGAAGACUACCACAUAAUUUUAAUAUUAUAUUAUUUUCGUUUUUUAUAAUAAAAUACUUUAUAUUAAUUUUGCCGUUUGAAAAUUGAUUGAACCGUUCACAAGUUAUAAAGGAUUCAAGUCAGAACAAAUAAGUUUCCCCAGUUAAUUUUUGGUUCAUUGUGCAAGCACCUUUAAAAGCAAUUUUUUUCAUACAAAACUGUAUUUUUGCUCUCAAAUAUUAUGCAUUAUUGCGAAAUUUUUACAAAAAUUGGAUAAUCGAUUGCAACAAAAAAAAGUUUGACAAGCUUUUCGCGUGCUAAUAUGAAUUUAUGCGCGUCCAAAAGAUCAAAACUUUCGCUCACAAGCCGCUAUAAAUUUAGCCUACCUUUAGGUGUUUGAGUAGCUGCUUUUCUGUUUGAAUUGAGAUAAAAUGAAUACUGGAAAGACACACGCAUUGCAGACACACAUACACAUUGAAGUGAGCAUGGAAUGAGAAACAAAAAAAUCAGCAAAUAAAUAUUUACUAUUUACUUAAAAACAGAUAUUCCUAAAUAUUCCUUUUUUAUUGAAUAUUGCAAUUUUCUAGCAAUUACAAUUAAUAGAAAUAGGCAGUAAAUUUUGAAUGAUAUUUUUUAUGACAUUUACAGCUAGAAGUUAGGUGAAGUGGUGGAAAUGAAUAUUGCAUAGUUACAUACAUUAAAACAUUUACUAGAUACAAUUUUGGGAAUGUGUGCGGAAAGGGCAUGGCAAUUUGUUGUUGGUCGUCUGAAAUAUUUACUAUGGCAGUUUUUCUCUAGAUGAGUUUAGAUUAAUUUUCUUUCGUUUUUUCUUCUGUUUUCAAAAGCAACCGAAAAUAAUGAGAGACUCAAGUACCUUUUAGAGCAAAUCAAGCAAAAUAAGUAAAUACAUACAUACAUGCAGGUAUCUGCAUGUAUUACCGCUAUACAUAUAUGAAAACACACUACUUUAUACUAAUACAUAGAUAGUUUGUACUAGUUGAUAUGAAAAUAAUACUAGCGUACUUACAUGCAUACAUACAAAUACAUACACACACGCACACACAUAAGUUGCACACGUGCGAAAGAAUUAUUUGAAUAAGAAAAAUUGUUGAUCAAAAGUUGCGUAGUUACAAUAGUUAAUAAAAAUGCAUAUAGUUGUUGGUAUUGAAAAAUAUUAAAAAUAUUCCAUACAUAUAAAAUAUGUCUAAGAUUUGAAAAUUGUAUGUUUGUAUGUAACAGAAAACACUAUGUAAUUAUAAAUGCAAGAAAAAUGUUAAAAUAAAAAAUAAAAAUGUACACAAAUACAAAAAUUGUGGUUAGCCAGUUAAGUGAGUGUCAGUGUCAAAAAUCUAUUGGAAAAAAAUUAUGUAAAAGUAUAUCCAAGCGUCAGUAGCAAUGUUUUAUGUAAAUAUUAACUAGAAUCAGCUGGCCGAGCAAUGCUGAAUGUGCAACAUAAAUUAUUCAAAUUGAAAAAAAAAAAUUAAAUUGAAGUGGAUUUGAAAAGUCAAUCAAAUUAACCGGUAGUGACUAGAAAAUAUACAUAAAAUUAAAUCAAAUGUUUCAAAAUGCAGAAAAUUAAGUAGUUAACGGUAUAUGAUUAUAACAAUUUUUUAAGAUAAACAUUUAUUGUUUAGCUAUU